UGGAUGAUCUGCUCCGCAUUGCUAGAUUGAAUACCUGGCCCUUAAAGAUUAAGUUAGUUUUAGGAAAAUUCCAUAGUUAUGAUGAUUAUGUGUUCUUAAAGUUUGCUUCUCUCUAUCUAGAAUUCAUGAACCAUGCACGAUAUACAUACAUUGGUGAUGAACCUAUCGUAUCAUCAGACACUGAAUUUGUAAUAAGGAAGCGAAACAUUUUUGUUCUUGUAGUAGAGAUUGCUGUAGAGAUUUUUGCUUGCGGUAGUGAGAAUAUACGUCUUGGUGAAACACCAAAAGAUCAAACAUUAUGGGCUAUUCGAGUAAUCUCUACAUACGUUACUUUUUAUAAAGCUAUAAUUCCUGCAUCAUAUUGGAUAGAGCUUGCAAACGGCCUACCAAAAAAAAACAAAAAAUUGAGGUUAAAAG